AUGGUCAGCACAAUCGCCCUCACUGAUCUUGCGCCAGAAUUGGUAGAACGCAUUGCUGAGUAUGUCGACGAUGCAGGCCUGCGAUCACUACGCUUGACUUGCCGGAGCAUCGCAGCCAAAGUUUUGCGUACGUACAGCGAAGCCCACUUCGCCUCCAGGACUAUUAUGUUCUGCGACAAGCAAAGCAUUCUGAACGCGGUGGGAGCUGCAGAGCACGAGGCCUUUGGACGAUACCUUCGCAAGCUCACGAUCAUCGUGGACGAGGCAUAUCCUGAGGGACAUCGUACAAUAGGUCACCCGCUUUCGGCAGCCUGUAGUAUCUGCGAUGCAGGAAGGAAGCCAUACUCGAAGGCGGCUCGUAAAGAAGACCUUGAGCUACUCCUCUGGCACAUGAGUAAGCACGGCAAGCCGGUGGAACUCACAUUCUUGGAGAGUGCACACCUUCCACCCGGGAAGUAUUCGACACUCGAUGCGUACCGAUCUGGAUGCUCACGAGUACGAUUGGAUUCUCCGAUGGGGCUUGGGAAUUUUCAGCUGGGAACCAUGUUGGGCGCAGCUCGCGAUAGCAACCUCAAGAUCUCACGCCUAGCCAUUCGAACGGAUAUCUGGGCCGUCUCCCUCUAUCAUACAUUCUUUUGUGGGCCCCGGGCCAAAGAUUUUGAAUUUGUCUUGCAGCACUUGCGCCAAUUCGAGCUGCACUAUCGUCCUUGUGGCCUAAGGUCCGAUUACGAGGCUACAAGCGCACUCCACAAUGCGCUAUGCUCCGCGCCGAAGCUUGAGAGACUCAAGUUACAUUUGCAAGAAGCUUUGGAUGGUUCACGUCAAGUUUUCGACAAGCGACUUCUCCAUCGUCCAAUGUCCCAACUCAAAGAAUUCCACUUGGUUGCAACGUGCGUACUUAUGUCUGAUCUGCAGCAAUUCGUCGAUCUCAAUCCUACGCUGCGAAAAGUAGAUCUGACUCGGGUCGAUUUCAUGCGUGGCAGCUUCAGCGACGACCUCCUCGGCGAAUUUCACAUCAUAGAUGCGGAAGACAUUCAUGGUCCGGUACGGCAGUUGAUGAUUGUGCCCGGCGACUACGAUGAUCUGUGGUCGGAUGAUGUUGCACUUAUGCGAGGUGUGAGAUCAACUGUGGAAGCAGUUGGAAGUUGGGUGGGGAUGGUUAUGAUUCAAUAAGCCAGAGGAUGGGCACUCACAUCACGAGAAAUCUUCGAUCGAGAGCACGAGCAGCAAUAUGAAGUGGGGGAGAUGCUUUCUACUACCGCGCACAAGAUACGUGAGCAAUGGCACAAAACAGU